AUGGAAAUAGCUAUGAUAAGGGCUAAUAUCGAGGAGGAUAGUGAGGCCACCAUGGCUCGUUUCUUAAAUGGAUUAAAUAAGAACAUAGCUGAUCUUGUAAAAUUACAACACUAUGUGGAGUUUGAAGACAUGGUGAAUAUAGCUAUGAAAAUUGAAAAGCAGCUCAAACGCAAGGUUACAAAGUCAAAGAAUAAAAAUGAAAUAGGCAGUAAGGGUAAAGGUGAGAAUCAAACUAGAGGAAUUAGGUGCUUUAAGUGUCUAGGAUUUGGUCAUAUGGCACGUGACUGUCCUAACAAAAGGGAAAUGUUGAUGAGAGAUGGUGAUGUUGAGUCUGAAAGUGAAAAUGAAAAUGGAGAUGAAAUACCACCUUUAGAAGAUGUUAGUGAUAUUGAAUAUGCUAGGGGAGAUGCUUUGGUUGUACAACACACACUUAGUUUGCAAAGUAAAAAUGAUGAGUUUGGCGAACAACGUGAAAAUCUUGGAAGUUGUACAAAUGUUGCUAGUACUUUGCUAGUGGGAAAACUGAAAUUACCUACUAUUAAACAUCCAAAACCUUAUAAAUUGCAAUGGUUGAAUGAUAGCGGUGUUGUGAAGGUGACUCAGCAAGUAUUAGUUUCUUUUUCUACUGGUAGAUAUAAGGAUGAGGUAUGGUGUGAUGUUGUACCUAUGUAUGCUGGUCACGUGUUGUUGGGAAGACCAUGGCAAUACGAUAGGAAGGAAAAUAAGGAUCUAUUUCAAGAAGAUGUACCUAAUGGUUUGCCACCAAUAAGAGGUAUUGAACAUCAAAUUGACUUCAUUCCAGGUGCAAGCAUUCAAAAUAGACCUGCAUAUAGAUGCAAUCCGGAGGAAAGCAAGGAGAUCCAAAAGCAAGUGAGUGAGCUUAUGGAGAAAGGGUAUGUUCGAGAAAGCAUGAGCCCAUGUGAUGUUCCUGUAUUACUAGUUCCUAAAAAGGAUGGAACUUGGAGAAUCAAGAGUUUAGAUGAGCAUGUACAACAUUUGAAAUCUGUUUUUGAAGUGCUUAGAACUAAAAAGUUGUAUGCUAAUCUAAAGAAAUGCACAUUUUUCUCUAAUGAAAUUACAUUUCUUGGUUAUAUUGUUAAUGACAAAGGAAUACAUGUUGAUCAAGAAAAGGUGAAAGUAAUUAGGGAGUGGCCAAAACCCACUAAUGUUAGUAAUGUAAGAAGUUUCCAUGGCCUUGCUAGCUUUUAUAGGAGAUUCAUCAAGGAUUUUUCUACAAUUGCUGCACCAUUGACUGAAUGCAUUAAAAAGAAUGUGGGAUUUAAGUGGAGUAAAGAACAAGAUGAGGCUUUUAACUUGCUUAAAGAUAAACUUAGCUCAGCACCUUUGCUUGCUUUGCCUAACUUUUCUAAACCUUUUGAAAUUGAGUGUGAUGCAAGUGGCAUAGGUAUCGGUGGAGUUUUAAUGCAAGAAAGCCAGCCAAUUGCGUUCUUUAGUGAGAAAUUGAGUGGAUCAAGUUUAAACUACCCUACAUAUGACAAGGAGUUCUAUGCGUUGGUAAGAGUCUUGCAAACAUGGCAGCACUACCUCUGCUACAAGGAAUUCAUUAUCCACACCGACCAUGAGUCCCUGAAAUAUCUCAAAGGAUAA